AUGGAAAUGGACAAAGAAGUCCAGGGAAUUGAGAAAAUAAAACGCGAGACGGAUUCUACGGACGACUUUGAGCAUUUGGAGCAUCUUGCGUCACCGGAUGACAGCAAAGACAGUGGGAUAAAUAUAAUGGAUUCACAUGGGCCAAAAGAUUUAAUGGAAGUCGCGACAAAAUUAACUGAAAGAAAUCUUCUGGACACUACAGUGACUGAGGUGGAGGAUAAAAUUUUGCAGCCGGUUCCAGCGACUCCGCCACCUUCAGCGGAUUUGGAAAAGUUUAGCGGUCUGUCACCUAGUGCGCAGCCGUUGGAUCCUUUCGAGAUACUGCAGCAGCAGCAGCAGCAGCAGCAGCAGCAACACAAUCAGCAACAACAGCCUAGUCAGGUUGACACUAAAACUGCGACAAUGGCGUUCAUGGAGACUGAAAGAAGUGGAAGUGGAUUUUAUCAAGAUACUCCGGAAAUGUCACCCGAGUUCGGGCGCAAAGAAUUCGAUAGUUAUAAAAAUAAUAAUCAAGAUAAAGAUCUCGAGGAUAAUCAAGACAGCGUUAAGGAUUUACUGAACCGUGACUCGCCUCUGAUGGGUGGAAGUGAUUCACCCGCGGCGAGUAUAUCUCCGGAUCUGGUGAUUGAAAAAGAAACCAAGCACAAUGACAACUAUGACCUUGGCGAGGCUGACGACCUCUCUGACAAACAUAAACAACACAUUGGCUCAGACUUGAGUCCUCCCGACUCUCUGUCCUCUUCUUCAUUCAAUAACGACAGCUUUGUCAAUAACAAACCCACCAAAGAUACAGAUCAAGAUUAUGGAAAAAAAGACGUCUUCCAUCAGCCCGAUGAUGAUAUUAUUGGCGACAUAAAGUCGUCUGUUCUUCCGCAACCGGAGAAACCCCCGGUGAUGGACUUCCUCAGCGACGAACCGCUGCCUCAGUUUAAUGAAAACAGUGUCAAGGAAAAAGAAGUGGUAAAAAAUUCAAACAAUCCAGUGAUUGAUCUACACGAUGAUUAUUCUAUUGAUAACGCGCCAACAAAACCGCUACCUCCGCUGCCCAAGGAGGACCCGGAUGAUAAAUUUGAAAUGACCCGUGAUUACAUGUCUAUGGAAAGUCACCAGCUCAAUACUCAGGCUGACAACGAGACUGGAGACUCGGAAUUUGAAUCCGAGCCCGAGCCUUCUCCAGCCAAGGUUCCUGUUAAGCCGAGCGUUUCUUCAGCAGAAGCUAUCACUCAGGAACGCAAAUUUACGAGCAGUUUGCCAGCCAAGAAAUAUCUUGUCGAGCAUGACGAAAUCGCGCCGAGAAAAAUUUUCUCCGAUAUGGGACUCGAUGCAUGGUUUAAUCCGGAAAGACUGAACCCAAAAGUGGCGGCAUUGAUUUAUUGGCGCCAGCCAGAAAAAACAGGAAUUGUUUUCGGUGUAGUAAUGAGCAUACUCCUGUCACUGACCUACUUUAGUUUGAUCAGCGUAUUCUCAUACACAGCGCUUUUGACACUAGUGGGUACAAUGGGAUUCCGGAUUUAUAAAACUGUUUUACAAGCCAUACAGAAAACUUCUGAUGGACAUCCUUUCAAAGACAUUCUUGAAGUUGAUCUUACACUACCAGCAGAAAAAGUCCAUGAAGUUGCUGACAUCGCUGUAGCACACGCCAACGCAGCUGUUUCUGAACUCCGUAGAUUGUUCCUGAUCGAAGACUUUAUUGAUUCACUUAAAUUCAGUAUCGGUUUGUGGUGUUUGACAUAUGUCGGCUCGUGGUUCAAUGGAAUGACACUCAUCAUCAUUGGAGUGAUUGCACUUUUCACGCUUCCGAAAGUAUAUGAAACGAACAAAGCUCAAAUCGACCAGAACCUCGCUUUAGUACAAGGAAAAAUUAAUGAAUUGACUGCCAAAAUAAAGGCAGCUAUUCCUCUGGGCAAAAAGGCAGAGCCUACGAAGGAGGAGUAA